GUUGCAGAAGGAAGACCCGAUCAGCUGCAAAGUAAAGACGAUGGUAAUUUUAGGGAGAUUCUGUGUUGAUACCUUGUUCUUUAUGGCCAUUCUGAUCAGCAGCUUCAAAGGUGCUCUUACUCAAGGUAGUCCAUGUAUUUCUUCCAAGAACUGUGACUUUACCUCCUCGAAUGGUGUUUUGUCACAUAAAGUAUCUGAUGGAAUCCAAAAGCUCAAUCCCUUAAGUGACUCUUCGUGCAGAAACCUGCUUUCGGAGCUGUUUUGUAAAACAACUGCGUACUAUGAGUGCAAUGAAGAUGGCCAGAGUGUACUCGGCGAUAUAACGAAAAGACUCUUAGAUCGUGGAUGUUCUGCCGCGGCGGGCGUUCCGGUGUUGAGCAUCAUGUGUCUUCUGACAGCUGCGCUCUUCCACGCGAUAAAAUAAAUAAGAUUUUCCUG